AUGCCGUAUAUGGUCUCGUUGAAAAACCACUCUGGUCAUCUAUGUGGAGGAUUCCUGGUCAGUGAAGAUUUUGUGCUCACUGCUGCGCAUUGUGACUUGGGACCUAUGUGGGUUGUUCUUGGCAUCCACAAUCUCAAAAGGCUUGGUGGAAAAAUAAGAUAUAUUGAAAAGGAAUACAAACCCACACAGUAUGAUAAUGUAGGAACUGGUAAAGACCUCAUGCUCCUCAAACUGACUGAGAAGGCUGAAAUGGACAACUCAAUUCAAACAAUUCCUCUUCCCAGUUCUGAAAUGAACAUACAAGAAAACAAACAGUGCCGUGUAGCUGGAUGGGGUUCCACAAGUACUGGUGGUAAAUCUGUUGAUAAGCUGAGAGCGGUCAAUGUAUCUCUCAUGAAGCGGCACGAAUGUGAGAAAAAAUGGCCAAAUCUUCCUCUCAAUGUCAUCUGUGCAGGUGGAUAUCCCACAAAACAAGGAUUCUGUCAGGGUGAUUCUGGUGGUCCUCUCGUGUGCGACGGGAUAGCUGUUGGUGUUGUGUCUUUCAACAAUGGGGGAAACUGUUCCUACCCAGAUGUACCGAAUGUCUACACAGAUAUUUUUAAAUACCUUCCCUGGAUCAACAGUAUCAUCUCACCCUAA